AUGCUGACCAAAUCUGCUUCCGUGGGAACAGUCUUGUCCUUCAUGUCCCAGUUUUCUAGCACACCGAGGGACACCAGCAAGAAUCAACCAACUCCCAAUUCGUCACCUCUCCACGACUCGACGCCUUUUCCUCCGUACAAGACUCAACCUCCACGGACUCAAACAAAAACAGAGCCCUUCCCCGAACCACCUGCCAGCUUCACCCAGCGCCCCGCUACACCUACCUCGCCGACGCGUCCGCCGCACGAAUAUGCGUCAUCAACCGCCAACACCUCAGUAAACGACUCGCCUGUAAAUAGCCCCAGAGGCCGUCAACGCAGUUCUUCCCGCCCACUUUCGAUGGUAAUGCCAUAUCAGCCGCCCCUCAUGGAUAUCAACGAGGACACUAUUCCCGAGCUGCAGCCUAUCUUUACUUUUCUUAACAGCCAUGCGAAUAAGCUGUAUCAGGAGGGCUACUUCCUGAAAUUAGACGACCAAAACACCCAGGGGAAGCCAAAUCCAGACCGCACCUGGACCGAAUGUUUUGCCCAGCUUGUCGGUACCGUCCUGUCACUAUGGGACGCUGCAGAGCUGGAUGCCGCCGGCGAGGACGGCGAAGUCCUUCCUAAAUUCAUCAAUCUGACGGACGCAUCAAUCAAGAUGAUCGAAUCCCUACCAACACGAUCGAAUGACGAACAGCCGCUGCAGAACAUUUUGAGCAUCUCAACUGCCGGCAGAAACCGUUAUCUACUGCACUUCAACUCCCAUCACUCAUUAAUACAAUGGACCGCCGGCAUCAGAUUAGCCAUUUUCGAGCACUCAACUCUUCAAGAAGCCUACACUGGCGCCCUUAUUGCUGGAAAGGGAAAAUCUCUUAACAACAUCAAUCUGAUUAUGGAUAGAUCCAGAUUCAAGACGGAGGAGUGGGUGCGUGUACGAUUUGGUGCAGGAGUCCCUUGGCGACGCUGUUGGUGUGUCAUUUCACCGCCUGAUGAGAAAGAGUACCAGAAGGCCCAAAAAGAGAUGAGGAAAAAGUCGCCAUACGACCGUUCCACCCCUAUACUAAAGGGCGACAUCAAGUUUUACGACACGAAGAAGGAUGGUAAGAAACAGAAGAAGGCCCGUCCUAUUGCCACCAUCACCGACGCCUACUCUUCGUAUGCCAUUUAUCCCCAGGCCAAGUCUUUGAUCGACGCAUCAACCCUGCUCAAAAUUGAAGGCAACAUCACGAUUCACUCUGAGCCACCUUCUUCAACUGAGGGCUUUGUGUUCAUUAUGCCCGAGACUCACCCUGCAGUGAGCGGCUUCGAGAUGCUACUGCGUUUCCUUUUCCCGACCUGGGACACCUUUGCUUUGUAUGGUCGUCCUGGCAGACUUGUUGCCAGUGUCCUGGACCCUAGAUCUCUUAUGUUUGCCAUGCCAAAGCACAGGCGAUACGGUUAUCUUGAAAUUCUCGACGUUUCUGGGCUGAUUUUGACAGAAGGAAGCUCAUCAUGGUCAGAGCGUGAAUGGAGGAAGCGGUUAAAGGAAUUGACUGGUAAGCGGAUGAAUGCAGUGGAUGAAGGAGCAGCAAGCACCCGUCAAAGGAGCGGCAGUAAAAAGAGCAACCGCCUCAGCUUUGGCAAUGGCGGCUCGGCAAGCCCUGCUCCAUCCAGGCCCAAGGUUGGCUUUGCUGAUGAUUCCAUUUCGAACCGAUCAUCCCGUUCAAUGUCCUUGGGCACACCCAACCGCUCAGAGACGGCACCCGUAACCACUUCGCGGCCGCCUCCUGCACUGGCUGGUGUUGACAAGGUGAACCACGCGCGAAACUCCUCAGACCCCCACUUGCUAGGCCAUGCACCUCAGCGCAUCGACGACAGAGGCUACGACAGUUCUUACAACAAUUCUUACAACAGCUCACCUGCUCGUGGUCCUACCCCUAUCAAGGGCAUUCUACGUUCUGGCACUCAGAGCUCUGAUGAAGAUACAGCUCGCAGUACACCUGUGCGGGAAAUUGAGAACAACACCCGUAUUAUGGAAUCGCCUGAGCCGGUCGCGGCGCCUCCUGCUUUUAACUACGGACCUCAGUCCAAGCCUGCAGGAAAGCCGUUCCAUUCACCCGACCUUCGCAGAGCUACUAGCCGCUUGUCAACCACUACACUGUCGCAGUUGGCCACGGCUGGAGGAUUCGCUAUUCCGCCAAAUGAUAGAUCUGAGAGUUCUCCUGAGGGGAGAGUUGGAGAGGAUGCUGCAGCACCUAACCCUUCGGUACCACCUUAUGCCGCCAAUCCUGUGGGAGGCACUGCUGACAACCACUUCCCCGGUGAAGCUUUAACCCAUAAUACCCCCCCUCCAUCGGACUCGCUACCGCCCCCUAUCCCACCCAUGAAUCAGAAGCGUUCACGAUCACCUCUUGCCCAACAAUCGUUCGGCCCCCCCAGUCCCCACCCUCGCGGUCCUCUCCCCCCUGACCCUCAACCCCGCGGUCCGGUAGAUGUGAGAUCUCAGGGUCCUCCGCAAGGCCCUCCUCCUCAAGGACCUCCCCCUCAGGGACCUCUUCCUCAGCAGAUGAGGAGCCCUAUCGAAGGUCCACCCCCUCAAUUUGCCCCUUAUGAUGCGAGGCCUCCACCCGACAUGAGAGGUCCUCAGCAAAUGAGAAGCCCAGUCGAAGGCCACCCUUUCCAGUUCCCCCCGGGUCGCCCUCAGCCGCCAUUCAACAACUUCUCUCGGCCUGAAGGAACAAGAACUCCCCCUCUCGGUGGCCCCGGUCGCGUGCCAACUCCUGAGAUGAGGAGCCGUGGUAUGAAUCCGCAAACGAUGAAUGGGCCGCCCCCGCCUCCGCAUCGAGAUCCUCGCAUACAAGGACGCGGUGCCCCCCUUCCCGAGCUUAACACAAAUGCUAUUCAACGGAAACCCCUCCCGACCCGGUCUGACAGUUUGCGAAGCCCCCAAGAGACGCCAAUCUCUGCAUCCAGUGGUGGCAGCUGGGGCAACAACAUUAUCGAUCAAGCGGCUUUCUCGCAGAUUCACCCUCGCGAUGGCCGACAGCGAACCCCAUUGCCGGAGCAACAAAUCCACAGGAUGCCGACCCAAAAGAGCGAGGGCAGCCACUACGACGAUGCCUCAUCGACAGCCAGCCCGGACUAUGCCAGUCGUAAGUCAAGUGAGACCCAGCAAUCUCAAAAGUCGUUCGAGCGGCCACGUGCUGGUGUUUUAAAGACAGUGGGCGGCGGGGACUCGCCAGUCUCUGGCAGAGAGGACUUUGACAUUCCCGAGGUCAAUUUCGGUCCAACCCUGAACUAUGGUGCCAACCAGCCCGCGAGGAACAAGACUCCCACGCCGCUCAACCCGCACAGCAUCCAGGGACCUCAGGGACCCCAGAGGCCCUUCUCACCGGCGCUCAAAUCUCCUCCUCUCGACCAAGGACACAACCGACAGGAAUCUGACGACACGGUUCGGAAGGUUGCUUGGCAACCAGGCGCCGCCAACGUCGGAACUGGCCAGGGCAUUAGUGCCGAGGAAUUCGUUCAGCAACGUGCUGCCCAAGCCACAACUCCCAUGUACGCCCACGGCCGAACCCCGUCCGGCAACAUUCUUACCAUGCGAUCGAUGACGCCCACGCCUUCUAUGAACCGAAACACGUCUGCGGAGAGACCGGCUCGCCACUCGCGUAGUAGCUCUGCGGACCUCUUACAGCGCCCCAGCUCCCGUGGCGCCAACGCCGUGCUCGAUGUGUCUAGCAGCGGCGAGGUCUCGUCUCACCUUUCAGCUCGCGAGCAGGAGCACGUGGCUCGCAUAACCGGCUCACCUCUUAUUAGCAUGGCUGGAAACAGGAACGGCAACCAGAACCAAGGAGCUGGUUUGGUUGGAGCCAUCGAAGCCCGUGAGCGCGAGAGGCUGCAGGCCAAGCAGGGAAUGAGUACGCAGGCAAUGCAGCAAGCCAUUAACCAGAGACAGCAACAGCAAGCCAUGGCCUAUCAACAGCAGCUCCAGAGGCAGCAGCAACAGCAAGUAUUCCAACAUCAGCAACAGCAGCAGGCCUUUCAACAACAAAUGUACGCUCAACAGCAGUUGCAGCAGCAGCAGUUACAGCAGCAGCAGCAGCAACAGCAACAAGCCAUGUAUGCUCAGAGCAACAUGUCUCGUGGCCAGAUGGGACCACCACGGGGGCAGCCCAAUGGAUACGGCUCUGGACCUGGACAUGGUCAAAAUUUUGGUUAUGGCCAGGGUGGCGGCUACGGUCAAGGAAAUGGCUAUGGCCAAGGAGGUGGACACCCCAACCCGAUGGCAAUGCGGCAAGGCCGUCAAUCACCCGGGCCUCAAAUGAUGGACCCACGCUUCAUGCCUCAGGGACCUUACUCGCCUGGGCCUCAGCAAGGAGGCAGGCAGCCCUUCCAAACCCAGCACCAAGGACAGGCGUUUUAG